AAUGUAACUUUCUGACUAUUAAUGCGUUGAUUGGACCACAUGUUCGCGUGGCACGCGAAAGAGAGUUUCCUUUUAUUGUAUCUAUAAAACGAAUUAAUUUUGAAGAUGUUAUACUUACAAGCGAUCAUAUAUGCACUGGAGCGAUGAUAUCAACAAUUCAUGUUCUAAGUGGAGCACGAUGUUUUAACAAUAGAUUACCAAACAAUACUGUUAUCCUCCAUGGGUCAAAUUCUUUACAUGAUUCUCGAGAAUACACUAUUGAAUGGUGGAUAACUUUUAACGAGUGGAGCUUUUAUACGAAUAGACCUCUUGAACAUAAUGAUAAUGACAUUAGUGUUACGAAGCUAACCCAUGAAAUACAGGGAAAUUUCCCAACAGCGAGUUUAUCAUUAUUUUCGUACGAUGAUUUAGUAGAACAGCAUAUUGAAUUGGCAGGAUGGGGUUUAAAUAAUCAAGGAGAAUUAUCUUCAAACAUGCUGACAGCCACAGCAAUAAUCGUAUCACACACUGCGUGCGAAUAUCACAUUCACCGUGUAAGUGGAGAAAGAAUUUCUAUUCGUGAGGGAUACUUUUGUACUGCUGGAGUACCUUUUGUGUCAAUGCAAUAUGGAGACUUUGGCGGACCGGUUUUGCACUUUCAUAAAAUUAUAGGAAUCAAUAAAGGAACACUUCCAAAAGGAUUGCAAGAAUUUGACAACCAUAAAAUUAACAUUCAUACCAGUAUUAAUUAUUAUACAAGUUUCAUUGCAGACGUCAUAAGCGACAAUUUUUUUUGGCAAUGAAUAAUAAUAAUGGCAUCACUGAAUAAUU